AGUGAUCGUUAAGGAAAAGAAAGGAGAACACACGUUGUCUCCAUUACAGAAUUUCCAAAAGCGAGAAAAAGGUGCAACAGGAAGAAGUAGAAGACGGAGAAGAAGAACAAAGAAUCCACCCUAGCUGUGAAAACGGAAUGGCGCGAGUCGCUGAGACCGGUUCGGGUGCACUGAGUCUUGACUCGAUCAGGGACUCGCUGAUUAGGCAGGAAGACACCAUCGUCUUCAGCUUGAUCGAGAGAGCUAAAUUUCCCCUCAAUUCCCCUGCGUACGAGGAAUCUCGGUGUUCAGAUUCUGGGUUUCCCGGUUCUAUGACUGAGUUUCUGGUCAGAGAGACCGAGAUUAUCCAGGCUAAGGUAGGGAGAUACGAAAACCCGGAAGAAAAUCCCUUCUUCCCGGAGAAAAUUCCUUUUCCUGUUUGCCCGAAGCACAACUAUCCACAGGUUCUGCACCCUUCGGGUUCGUCCAUUAACAUAAACAAUCGUAUAUGGGAUCUGUACUUUAAAGAAUUGCUUCCAAUGGUUGCCACUGCUGGUGAUGAUGGCAACUAUGCAUCGACUGCUGCAAGUGAUCUCGCAUGUUUACAAGCACUUUCUAGGAGGAUUCACUACGGUAAAUUCGUUGCUGAGGUCAAAUUCAGAGACGCCCCACAAGAUUACGAGCCCGCAAUCCGCGCUCAGGACAAAGAGGCACUGAUGAAGCUACUAACGUUUGAGAAAGUGGAAGAGACGGUGAAGCAGAGGGUGCAGAAGAAAGCUGAGACGUUCGGACAAGAAGUAAACCUGUCUGAGACCGAUCAAAACAGCGGCAAGAAGUACAAGGUCGACCCAUCGGUUGUCUCUCGUAUCUAUGGCGAAUGGGUCAUCCCUCUCACCAAGGAUGUCCAAGUUAUGUAUCUCCUCCGCCGCCUUGAUUAAACCCGAUGACAAGAAGAAACGGUACCAAAAAAUGCUCUGAAAAUGAUAAAAUUCCAUCAUAUUUAACCAUCGAUAUGUGAAAAUAUAUGAUAUAUGAACUCUUGUCGUUGAUGUAUUGUAUAAUCAGAAUUGCAAUAAUCUUAAUCUUUCUGAAUCCUUAAGAGUUGCGGCUUUUCAGUUCGCAAAUUAUGUAAAGAUUCAGUUCGGCGAGACCA